AAUGCAACCCAGCACAUCGUCUUAUUAGUGUUUCCUGCAUAACAGACCUACUGUUGUUAACUAGUGUAUUGGUUUUGUUUUUUCCAUUUUUUUGAAAUUACAAUGGCAGAGGAGGAAGAUGAUUAUAUGUCAGACGCUUUUAUAUCUAAAAAGGAGGAUCAGAGGCCAGGGAUGCCCAUGUUGCGGAGAGAGAAAGAAGCCCUGAGGAAGGAGGAGCACCACAAGGAGAUGAAUAUAAAGAACAGGCAAAAGAGCUUCAAAGAGGAAGAGCAGGAGAGGAGGGAGGCGGUGAUGAAGAGCUCAUUAGGCAAUGAAAACAAGGGCUUUGCUUUACUACAAAAGAUGGGGUACAAAGCAGGUCAAGGGCUUGGAAAAGCAGGAGCUGGCAGGGUUGAACCUAUCCCAGUGAACAUUAAAACAGAUAGAGGUGGGAUUGGGCUAGAGGAGGUGAAAAAGAGGAAAGCUGAAGAAAAACUUGAAAAUUAUAGGCGAAAGAUUCAAGUCAAACAGCAAGUAGAGAAGCAAGAUCUUGAAAACUUCAGACUAAGGAUGAGAACGGAAAAAGAAGAGCGGCAGAUAGAGGCAGACCUCUGGAAAAGCCAGCGGGCUUGUGAACAGCUCGAUAGCCAAAAGGAUAUCACAGAGCCCAGGGAACCUUGGUAUUGGCCUGCCUCUAAAACUGAGAAAGUGGAGGAGGAGGAGGAGGAGGAAAAUGAAGAAACAGAGGAAGAUGAAGGAGAACAACUAACUUCUUUUGAAAAGUUGCAGAUACUGACAUCAUAUUUACGAAACGUUCACUUCUACUGCAUCUGGUGUGGUACAUCAUACGAUGAUGAUGAAGACUUGUCUUCAAAUUGCCCUGGAGAGACUGCUGCAGAUCACGACUAAAGGUGCAGAGGACAAAGACCAUAAAUGCAAGAUACCCUCUGUAAAAAGUCCGCACAAAAAAGAUGUAAUAAACGUGUAACAGGUGGCGACGAUAACUGGCUCGUCAAUAACAUUCACAGUCACUUGACCAGGACUAAGAAGCUAUCUUCCCCUAUUUUACCAUUUUCAUUCUGUUCAAACUCAGUUUCAAUGGUCAUAAUGUCUAUUAUAAUAUACUAUAUGAACCAAGUAUCUAAUUGUGUUAUCAAUGUAUGUUUUUUUAUUUAUUUUUUUAUUUUGUAUUCCACUUUCUUAUGUAGACAGAAAAAGGUGUUGUGAGAAACACAUUCUGAUAUUUCAAAGUAUUGCAUCAGAUUUGCUAACUAGAAAGUUAAUGUGUACAAAUUACCUUGAUGAUUCUUGCAAAGAAAAAAACAUGUUCAAUUUUGCUUCCAAAUAAACCAACCAAUAGUCAAUAAUUUGUUCAAAACAUUUGUAGAAUAACAAAACAAAAACGUUGUACAUUGGUGAGGGUUCUAUUUUAUUUUGUUUUGAUUUUAUAUUUAAUAGUUUUAUGUUUUCUGGUGAAAGCAUCAGGAGUAUUCUCAUAAUUGUUAAAAUAAGUUCUCUCUUGUGAUGAUGUGUGUAACUGGCACAUUGACCAUAUUCAGUUGUAUGAUAUAUUUUAGUUUUAUAAAAAUGGUGAGCAUAAAAGUUAAAAUAUGGUUUAACUUUAAAUAAAUACAUAUUUUGUCAAGCUUGUAAAUGAUGGGAGUCUCCUGGUAAGCUCACAGGAGACAAAUGGGUCCUCGUCAGGCAAAUGGAUAUAGGGUGGUGGUUACUACGUUAAUCUUUAGUGCAGUCCUUUGAGUGGAAUCACAUUAUUAAGUUCCAAUUUUGAUUUAUUGACUGGAUAAUUCAGUUAUUUCUUUUUUUCAUGUUAUUAGUGUGAACGUUUUUAUUGUUGUAUAUUUUUGUAUACAGUUGCCCUACAUACAGUACUGCAGUUACUUACAGUAUUGCAUUCUGGUACUUAACACGUUAUGGGCUCGAUUCUGAUGAAACGAGUGCAGUCGCAGACACUAGUUAAAGUCAAACACAUCUGCCCCGUAGUGCAUGGCUUCUCCAAAAGUGUGAUUCUGAUCAAAAUAAAAACCCAGCGCAAGCGCAUUUAAUGGCACAGUGACAGCGCCCAGCCAAUCAAUACUGAGUAGGUUGCUAUCCAAUCAGGACAGAAUGCGCUUGCGUCACCACAAGGCUCCGUUUUGAAUGUAGAAGUGGUGAUCAUGUCGAGUGGCAAUAGUACAGGGCAAGAAAAAACAGCACAAGUCAGAAAAGCAAGUAGUAGGUCACUCGCCGAGAGAAUACGUAAAUCACGCUUCACAACACAGGAGGUUGCUAUAUUAAUAGAAGAGGCAGAGGCAUGUAGGGCAAUCAUUUAUUAUUUAUAAUAAUUAUGCAAGGUACAUUAUUUAAUGGCACUGACAUUACUACAUGUAAAGUUUAAAAUACUUACUACCCUCCUUGAUCUACCAAUAGCAGCAGCUGAUUCAUUUUCUUGCGGGACAUGAAGUGCCGCAUCACGUUCCCUCUGAGCUUGUAAUAUACUAGAGUUUCAGUAUAAUCAGGGCUUUAAUUCCUAGGGAAUAUUUCCUGGAGCCCAAUCAUCCGUCAUUGUCAGUCGUCUAUUUGGGACCCCAUUGCGCUGUCAUCAGAAUUGCUUCGGCGAAUAUGUUGAUAAUAUCACACCACAAAAUUUAUGCCGACAUGUGGCGAUGGGGCAGGCGCUACAUAGCGGCGCAGGAUAUAUCUUCAGAAUACCAUUUCAGCGCAGUAGGGUUUUUUACGUCUCCGCUGACUUCUCGCUGCAUGAACCGGUGUCACAGGAAAUAAGUUAGCCGUGAAAUAAGUUAGCGUUUGCCUUUUUGAGCCUUUCUCCGCACGCG